GACGUCUCCGAGCCCUUCCCGGCCCCGGGGGAGAGGAGCAGGGCUGUGCUGCCCUAUAUAGAACCCAGGGGAAGGCGGCGGAAGGUGCUGGCGGAGCAGAGGGAGGGCAGGGAGCCGGGUAAGGCGGGGAUGGCAGCAAGCAGAGCGGUGCGAGCCCUGCUCGGCCUCUGCUCGGCUCAUCGUUUGCUGUGAGCUGGAGUUUUCUUACUCCCUGUGCCUCAGUUUCCCUUGCAAGCCGGGCGUGCUGCGCGUGAGUCAAUACGGUGGGAGGUUGGGAGGAUCCCCCCCGAGCUGCUCAACCCCUCGUCCGCAGCUGGGGGAGGGCGCAGAGAGCCGGGCUUGGCGCUGUUUCACCAUAUAGCGCUUAAAACGUCGAGCUCCAGCGCUUUUGCUCUCCGGGAUGCGGCGCUAAAGCUGAAUCCAGGUUGACGGCUUUGUGGAUCGGGAGGUAAUGUUACUCUGCCCCUCGUGCCCUUGCUGACCCCUCUGUUUCAGGCAGAAGAUGUCCCGGGCCAUACAGUGCCAUGGCUGCCUGCCCUGGGGCAGCUGGAUGCGGCUGUGUGGGUCCCAGCCCGGCUGCAGGGCAGUACGGUGUGUGUACCUCUGUGCUGCUUCGGGGCCAGGUGUUGCAGGCAGCUGCUUCCACGGGAAGAUCCUCCAUGUGGCUGGCAUCUCCCUCCCCAGCAGGAGCUGUGUUCGGUACAAGGGAGGGACUCAGGAGAAUCGAGCCCAGCGCGGCUCCUCUCAGCAUGGCCUGGACCAUCUCAGGAACGUGGCCUCAUCUGAUGCUAUUAAGAAACACCAGAAGAGCCUGUCUGCGUGGUUCAGCAACCAGCCCAACGAAGAGAGGCAGUUUGGCCCUUCCUUCUCUCUAGACGCCGUCCAUGUGGACCCAGUGAUCCGGGAGAGUUCCCUGGAGCAGAUCCUGAAGCCCUCACCUGACCUGACUAUCCAGCACCAGCUCCAGCAGCCCUGCAGGCGGGUCAUCAGCCUCCAGAACCUCUUUGAUGUGGAUGCAUGUGGGCGGCAGGUGAAGAACGUGGUGCUGUACGGCACCGUGGGCACAGGGAAGAGCACCCUCAUCAAGAAGCUGGUGGUGGACUGGUGCCAUGGUCUCCUACCCCGCUUUGAGCUGGUCAUCCCCUUCUCCUGUGAGGACCUGUCCCAUAGUCACGUCCCUAUCUCCCUGAGACGCCUCAUCACCAAGAAGUACCAGCACCUCCGAGAUGUGGUGCCACUUCUGGGCUCUUCCAACCUCAAGGUGCUUUUCAUCCUUAAUGGACUGGAGCGCCUCAACUUGGAUUUCCGACUGGCUGGCACUGAGCUGUGCUGUGAUGCCAAUGAGCCUGUGCCUCCAUCUGCCAUCGUGGUCAACCUGCUGCGGAAAUAUCUCCUGCCAGAGGCCAGCAUCAUCGUCACCACGCGCCCAUCUGCGGUGCGCCGGAUCCCUGGUAAGUACGUGGGCCGCUAUGCAGAGAUCUGUGGCUUCUCAGACACCAACCUGCAGAAGCUGUAUUUCCAGCUGCGCCUCAGCCAGCCUGGCUGUGAUGGAGAAAACAACGUGGCCAGCCGCUCAGGAGAGCAGGAUAACUUGGUGGAGAUGCUGUCGAGGAACCUGGAGCGCCAAAACCAAAUUGCUGCCGCCUGCUUCUUGCCGUCCUACUGCUGGUUGGUGUGCACCACGCUGCACUUCCUAUACUUCACCAGGACGGUGCCUCCCAGCCAGACACUGAGUGGCAUCUACACCAGCUUCCUGAGGCUCAACUUCAGCGGGGAGGUGUUGGAUAGCACCGACCCCACCAAAAUCUCCAUGAUGAAAUACGUGGCCAAGACGGUGGGCAAGCUGGCCCACGAAGGGGUGAUGUCCCGCAAGACCAGCUUCACAGAGGAGGACCUGCAGCAGUGCUUUGAGGUGGAGAUGAAGACUGAAAGCGAGCUCAACCAGCUGGAGGUCUUCCGCAGUGAUGUCUUCCGCUUCUUCCUCACUCCGUGUGUGCAGCCAGGCAAGGAGCACACCUUCGUCUUCACCAUCCCUGCAAUGCAGGAGUACCUGGCGGCCCUGUACGUGGUGCUGGGCGAGAAGAAGACCCUGAUGCAGAAAGUGGGGAAGGAGGUGUCGGAGAUCAUCGGGAAGGUGAGCGAAGAUGCUGCCGUGGUGCUGAGCAUCAUCUCCAAAGUGCUCCCGCUGCGUUUCCUGCCUGUGCUCUUCAACCUGCUCAAAAUGUUCCCUCGCUUCUUCUCGCGGUUGAGUGGGAAGGGCCGGGACACCAUCGCCCGCACCAUGGCGGAGGAGCUGUUCAAAGAGGAGGAUUACUACAAUGAUGAUGUCUUGGAUCAAAUCAAUUCCAGCAUCUUGGGUGUGGAAGGCCCCAUGCGGCACCCUGAUGAGGCCGCUGACGAUGAAGUCUUUGAGCUCUUCCCCAUCUUCAUGGGUGGGAUCCUGUCCCGCCGCAACCGUGCCAUCUUGGAGCAGUUGGGCUGCUCCAUCAAGAACCUGGCGGCCUUUGAGAUAGCCAAGGCCAUGAAGAAGACUGUCAUCAGGAACAGCCGCAAAGGGCUGCCCCCCUCCGAGCUCAUGGACUAUCUCUUCUUCCUGCACGAGUUCCAGAACGAGCGCUUCACAGCUGAGGCCGUCCGCUCCCUCCGGACUAUCAACCUCUCCUCUGUCAAAAUGACCCCUCUCAAGUGCUCCGUUCUGGCUUCUGUCAUAGGCAGCACCAACCACGAGGUGGAGGAGCUGAAUCUGACCUCCUGCAACCUUGACAGCAGCAGCUUGAGGACUCUAUUCCCCAUCCUGCUGCGGUGCAAGUUCCUCCACCUGCAGCUCAACAGCCUGGGCCCUGAUGCCUGCAAGGAGAUCCGUGACCUGCUCCUGCACGACAAGUGUGCGGUGAACAACCUGCGGCUGGGGAACAACCCCAUAGGUGAGCAGGGGGCACAGUACCUGGCCGAGGCGCUGGCAGGCAACCGUUCCCUGACCCAGCUGUCCCUGCUGCACACUGCAUUGGGAGAUCGUGGCGUGGAGCUGAUUGCCCAGCACCUGGCUGAGAACCAGCAGCUCCAGGAGAUCAACCUGGGCUACAACUCCCUGACGGACACGGCCGCCCUGCGUGUGGUGGAGGUGGCCAAAAAGCACACAACGCUGGACAAAGUGCAUUUAUAUUUCAAUGACAUCAGUGAGGAUGGCAAGCGAGCACUCGACAGCCUGCGCAUGGACCGGGACGGCGUCAGGGCUCUGGUCUUCCUCACAGCAGGCACUGAUGUCUCUGAUUACUGGUCCAGCAUCCUGAACGUGGUGCACAAGAAUCUGCCUUUCUGGGACCGUGAGAGGGUUCGGCAGCACCUGACCAUCAUAUUGCAGGACCUGGAGAGCAGCAGGAGGCAGACAGUCAACCCCUGGAGGAAAGCCAAGUUCCUAAGGGUGGAGAGUGAGGUGAAGAAGAUGCUGGGGAAACUCCAGCAUGGGACCCUUUGAGCCUCAUCGGUGCCAUUAUCCCAGCAGAGAUGCCCAGCAGUUGGAUGCUGCUGAAGCUGUUGAAGGUGCUGGGUACGUGGGGCCAGGCUGAAAUAUGGCAUAAAGCCCAAGAGUGAAUGGGACUUGUCUUCUGGGCUUGGACUCAAGCUUGCUUGUGAAACCCUUGGUAGCAUUAAAGUGCACCACUUUGUU